GCUGAGACGGCGCUGCAUUUUCGAGUGGUCAGCCUCGAGCUGUCAAACAACUGCAGCUGUCGACUAGUCUUUGACAGCAACCCGAACUCGAGGCAAAGGCUUCCGUAAGCAAAGUUACAGAUAUAAACGAUUAUGAUAUUUGAUCACAUUAAACACCAUCAUCGUCCACCUGAAGCCUUCAUCCCAUCCUUUCCGUUUCGUCCCAGAAUCACCAACCCGCUUGCGGCGUCACCAGUCGUGAACGUGAAUAACUUAUUGGAAGCCGUCGCACCUCUCAACUUGGCACACCCAGCCUUCGCCUCUUCCAUCCAACACAACCCGUCCGCAAUUAAGGACAAGUAGUGCGCGGCCUACAUUGUAUUUCUCGCAGUGAUCCCGAAUCUCGAGCCAUUAUCUAUCCACUCCAAACCUCUCACCAUUACCCCUCAUACGCGCUCAGACGAAUACCCCAGUUCUGGGUUCUCGUCAACCACACCGAGAUUCCUAAACACCAGUAACCUCCCGCGUCUCUGCAUACUUGAAUAUUGCCAUUACUCCUUCAAGUACCGGUUCAUCGAUAGGCUUCUCCCGGAAACUUCGCAUGCGUGGACGACCAUCGCAUAAUCAGUCAAGGAAGGAAGAACGGUCCCGGCGCAGCGGGGCUUUGAGGGGUCAAAAUGACGAGGUAUAAUAUAAUAUCUUCCAAGCCAGGUAUGCUUAUGCUUUUCUGAUGCCCCUCUUCACAAACAAAGCUAAUAUUGCUAUGUGCUACAGGAAAGACUGCUCCGCGGUUGAUCGAGGAUCUCCUGGACUACGACCCAAGAUACCUAGAGCGUCAAGGUGGACACCUACUUGCGGACCCGCCUCCCCAAUGGAAGGGCGAUGGCCAUGCGAUUUUUAGAAAGGAUGAAAAUGAUUGCCGGCAUAAAUUGAUGCUGCUUUCAUCUCGGUCGAACACGCCUAAAUCUGCCAGCGAGGAUGCAGACCCAACAACAGAAUGGGUGGUAGCGACAUAUUGCGACGAGUGUUUAUGGCAUUUUGACAUUAUGGUUGAUUAUACGUCGUGGAAAAAUGGACAUACUCCCUGUAAGAUGAACGACCAAGAACAUCCGUUGCACCAUCUGCAACAUGUUGAGUCGAUAUAUUCCAAAAAAGACCUUGACCAGGAAAACCCUAUCACCGAAAUUCAUCAAUUCGCAUGCUCGCAGCUCUCUUGUCCUGUUGAAGUAAAGGUUGAAAUCUCUAAGCCAAGACUACGCAUGGAUUUACUGGCGCCCCUGCUAGAUAGCGUUAAAGUGCGAGCCCGAGGGGAAAGAGAAAUACGACAGGAUCCUGAGCGGUUUAAGAAUACAUCACCAGCAAAUCCAUUUCAAGCCCUCGGAUACUUGAGAGUAUAUAUUCAACACGCCAUAGAAGAAGGGGAUCCAAGCGUAGCACGCAAACGAAUCAAUAAACGAAACAAGAAGUUCGCUCUAUGCUUUGAUGAGGAAUGUGACGAGCUUUUCAAUUAUUUGGGUUUCACGACAACCCAGGAAGACGAUACUAAUGUAAGCUAUUUUGAGGUUGACUGAAGCGUUGUUCCUCCCGGAUCACCUGCCCCUCUAAAACACUAUAUCCCUUGAAUCUUUGAUACUUGUGUGCCUUUUGCUAUAUUCUAAUCUACGGCCAUCUGCUAACAUUGUCUCUAGGGAGUAAGAAACUUUUUCUGGCAACCGCCAUCAGUAACCGAGCAGAACAAACCAUUCUUCGAAGAUGUGAUGUUUGAGAUAAUCAAACAGAUGUCACGCAGGCCAGCACAUGAAAGAGGGCCAACAGAAUUUAAAAUUCCUCUAAAGCCUGCACUUGAGAGCAUUCAACAAAGUCUUGGCUUUUCUGGAUACCCGAGAGUUUCAAGAACUAUACUAAUUGAUUCGAGCGAAGAGCACCCGCACUACCGCAGUCUCGGUGCAAUAUAUGAUUUCACCGACGACUAUCUGAGUUGGGCCUAUGAUAGACAACGCGAUUGUGACCCUCUCAAUGCACCCUAUUACUUGGAUUGUGUGAGUGCAAUUGCAAAUGGACGAAAAAGUUCCGACUUGCAGACAAAGGUUGUUAUGGCCAUUUCCAAUGGUGAAUUCGGUUUGGAGGCGAUCCAACAAGCCUACAGAUUCUUCAACGUCGAUCCUGACAAUAAAGAGGGAGAUGACUAUAUUAUUGGUCUUUACAAAUCGAGAAUAGAAUCCGCCCCUCGUCAGAAAGAAGAAGCGAGAAAUUCGCUUCUGGCCAUCGCAAAGGCUAGAGACUCGGAAAAGAUCAGAGCCGUCGCAAACGACAAAGCAAUGACAGUCACGGAAGCUCUAGAUUUUUUUCAAAUCGCCUCUAAUUUAGAUUCUGAUAGUAUUGAGGCUGUGGCAGUAUCCUUGGUAUGUUACAUCAGUGAAUACUUAAUUUUCAUGCCUCUUUAAUACCCUGGCCCAAUAUGGCCCCAAACCUGAUACCCGAUCGCUAACGCAGUACAGUCCAUGGAUGGGGAUGCAUCAAAAGUAGCACGAGCGCUUAGGGUCAUUGCAAAUGAUCGCAACGAUCCCACGCUUCAAAGAGCAGCAACAAAUAUGGAAGCUGGCAACCCUGGCUCAACCCUCUCCGUCACUGACGCAUACAACCGGCUUCAGAUGACAACUGUGCAGUCACAUAGCGCCAACGACGAGACUGUUCUCAAUUACUACCAAAGUCUUAUGAGCGACGCUGGACCAGGUUCUCAAGAUAGCUUCACUGAAGCUCUGCGGGUCAUUGCUAUCGACCGUGGCAGCAAUUUCUUGCUCACCAAGCUAGAUGAUCCCAAUGCUGUUGUGGAAGCUGCACCGAGCACAUCAGAUCAGCCUGUAGGACUUGAUAAUAUUGGCAAUACUUGUUACCUCAACAGUCUCCUCCAGUAUUAUUACACGGUAACACCCGUGAGAAAAGUGGUUAUUGAUUUUCAGAAUCACCGGAUGUCCCUGAAUGAAGAGGAUAUCAAAAAGAAGCGAGUCGGUGGUCGUAUCGUGGCAAAAUCGGAAAUUAUCAAGGCUCAGAAGUGUAAGUGAAUACCAUCACCAAGAAGUGACUGACGGCUGACAAUUUCCAGUCGUGGAUGAAUUGCAUAGUUUAUUCGAGAAUCUCAGAACAGCUUCUACGCACUCAGUAAAACCAACUCGAGAACUGGCAGAAUUAACGAUAUUUAGUUCAGCGGCAGAAGCGAAUUUUAGGAGAGUUUCGAUUAGUAGUCCUAAUGGCCCACCAAAUCUCGCUUCUUUACUAGACAGCCCGGUCUAUGGCCCGCAGCUACCGCCGGACCAUCCUAUUCAGCUUCCACCAAUACAGGUAGAGGAUGAUAUUGAGAUGGUUGACCAUCCUGGCGACAAAAGUUUGGAUAAUGACGACGAUAGCAGUGAAGCUACUCUUGUAGAUAUGGUGGACCCACCAUCCUAUGAGGCAUCGACAAGCAAGGACCCGCGCAACUCGCCAAAGGAUAUUACCGUCCAUGACGGCAUCAUGGAUAACGAUACCGUCAUGGUCAACGGUACGGAUGGGGCCAGCGAAGAAAAGUCGUUACCUAAGCCAGAAAAACAGCCUCCAUUACCACCACGGAAUAAGUCGGGACUGGUUAUUCAGACUAAUGACCAGAAGGAAAAGGUUUCGGACGAUGAGUUGUGGAGAUUUGGUUCACAGCAAGACGUUACAGAGGUCAUUGGAAACGUAAAUUUCCGAUUACUUUGCGCCUUGAAACCAACGAGCAUUGAUGCACAAUCUGGAGAACAGAUGGAUAUUGUCAGAGAUACACUUUACGGUGCGAAUGCCGUCUAUUUACAGAAAGCGCAGACGUUAGAAAAGAAAGUCGAGGCGUGGUCCAAUCUCAUCGUGUUCCCAGCACCGAAUGGGCCUCGUGACAUCUACGAAGCUUUGGAUGUGGUUUUCGAUGAGCAAAUUGUAGAAAUCGACAAUUCUACAGCAGCGCAGCACGCCUCGAUCGAUAAACUUCCACCGAUCUUGCACAUCCAAAUUCAACGGACCGCGUUUGAUUCUGUCAGACAAGUAGCAUCUAAGAAUCGAAAUGCUGUCAACUUCCCUGAAACUAUCCAUCUCGAUCGAUAUAUGGAUUCUCCUUACCCCGAGUCGACUUUAAUGAAGAGACGUCGAGAGACAUGGAAAUGGAAAGCCCAGCUCAAGGUGCUAGAGGCUCGACAAGCUGCUUUGAACAAAACCGUAGCUGACAUUUCCGUCGCUGAUGCUCUCAUCGCUACGAAAGAGUACAUCAACAAACUGCAAGAAGAGGAGAUUGAUGGCGUUCUCGUCGGUGAAGACCUCUCGGAAUGUCUGGAAGAACGAACCGCUGAAGUCGCUGAAGAACUCGAAUCCAUCAGCAGGGAGAUUGCUGCUUUAAAGCAAAACCUCAAUGAACAGUUCACAGAUAUGCGACAGUACGAGUAUAAGCUCCAAGCUGUGUUCAUUCACCGCGGUGAAGCCGGAGGUGGCCAUUAUUGGAUUUACAUCUAUGAUUUCGACAAUGAUAUCUGGAGGGAGUACAAUGAUGAAUAUGUCACUGAAGUCAAGGAUCGCAGAAGGAUCUUUGAACAUCAGGGUGCGGUGGGAGGAACUCCUUAUUAUCUUGCGUAUGUGAGAAGUUCCGAUCGCGCGGACUUGGUGCAGGCUGUUUGUAGGGAAGUCGACCCGCCUGCUUCUGACCCGAUGGAUGUCAGCCAGGGUAUCCAGUUUGAGGAGGCGUAUCAGAAUGCUACAGCGAUGGAGGAAGAUGAUGAAGGUGGGGAGACGAGACAUGUUGAGCAUGUCAGGCCGAGACCUAUUAGGCCGAAACCUGUUCUUGGUGUUCCGAAGUGGGAGACAGUGAAUGAUCAGACGCCGAAGGAUGCUCAUGGGAGGCCUUGGCAAGUAGAUGGAAGCUGAGGAAGGAGUGAGGGGAUUGGGGGUCUAGAGAUGUAUCAGUACCGUAUGAGAUGAGUGUAUAUAGCGUCGGGCGUUGAGAGAGGGAAGCAGAUGCGUUGCGAUGGGUUUGUCUAUGCGGACUAGACAAAAUGGGGAUUGGGGGGCAUGGGGAAGAAAGAGUUCUUUGGCUUUUCUUCACUGGCUAGGUUAGCUUGAUUGAGGUGCUUGAUUGCAAAGUAGAUGAUAUCCCAUUGAUUGUUACGUAUACUUAGCUGCUGCC